AUGGAUUCAGUACCUCCAGACCAGACGUUUCCCGCCGCCGUGAGCGCGCAGACUUCCCGCUUCACAAGAGCCUACCAGGCGUACCUUGACAAGUCCGUGCCGUUCGCGGUCUACCGAUGGAUCGGCACGGGAGUCCUCCUGCUGAUGUUCAUGGCGCGCAUCCUGUUCGCCCACGGCUGGUAUAUUGUUUGCUACACGCUCGGAAUAUACCUGCUCAACUUGUUCCUCGCUUUCUUGACGCCGAAAUUCGACCCGUCGCUGGAGCAGGAUGACGAGAUGGAGGGCGGAGGUCAGUCGGCGUUGCCCACGAAGCAGGACGAGGAGUUCAGACCGUUCAUCCGCCGGCUGCCCGAGUUCAAGUUCUGGCACAAUGCCACGCGGGCGAUCGGAUUCAGCAUGGUGGCGACGAUGUUCGAUGCUUGCGACAUUCCUGUCUUCUGGCCCGUUCUCGUCAUCUACUGGAUCAUUCUCUUCGCCUUGACGAUGAGGAGACAGAUCCAGCACAUGAUCAAGUACCGCUACGUUCCCUUUACCUUCGGCAAGACCCGCUACACCCGGUCGUAA